AUGGUCACCAAAGGGAUGUUUCAGCGGAGACAGUACGUUUGUUAUUGCUCAAAAGCGGAGCAAAGUGUGUUACACUCUGGAAAGGCGUUGCUAAUGGGCAAAGGAGCACUUACACUGGAGGAAGGAUGACUGGAUGCGGAUCAUCUACACCGACGAAUUGAAAUUCCAGCGUUCAGGGCCAGGACAUGUUGCAAAGGUCUACGUGUGGCCUGGGGAUCCUCCUAGGGUGAAUGAAUCCAUUCCUCGGAUGUAUUCUGGUGGUGGGAGUAUCUUUGUGUUUGGUGGAAUGUGCUGGUGGGGGGCCACAAAACGCGCUCGUUCGCAGGUCCCAACGGUCGACAAGUUCGUGAUGCAUGACUUCGUUGAAGACUUUCUACUUCCCAAGCUUCAGGAAACAACACAAGAGAACAACACCAAGUUUCACGCGCUCGACUGCAAAGAAUCUUAUGAAAGGGAGGGGUACAGAGUCCUACUCUGGCUGACAUACUCACCUGAUAUGAACCCCAUUGAGGACUUGUGGUGCCUGAUCACGAAACACCUGGGAAGCGAGCUGCAUUUGUAAAAGACCUCGAUGAACCAUGGUAGUGGACUUUGCAGGAAUGGGGGGGGUCCAUACAAGGCAUUGAGUUUUACUUGCGAGGGUGAGGAGGGGGGUGUUGGAUGGAGCCAGUGGGGCACUCA